AGCUGUCGCUGUAGUAAAAGUAAAUGGUCAUACUGUAAAGUUCUUUGUCUCCAGGUAGCAUAAAAGUCGCGCCUCCCGCUGUCGAGAACAGGUCCUGAUCCGGGUGAGUCGAAGACUGAAUCUCGUGAAAUCACGUCUACAGGAGAAACUCCGCGACAGAGCAGAUUUCUUACAAGCAGCCAUGAGAGGGGGCUUUAUUCUUCUUUUUCUAGCCUCAGUGGCUUUUGUCGGUGGGAGAGCGGCGUUCACGUGUCGCUCCGAGUUCGGCAACCGCCUGGUGCAGUUUAACGACUACAGAGCCAGGGUGGAGCUGCCCUGCAAGUACAAUGCUAUCAAAGGCCAGCAAUGCGGUGACUACAUCAUCAACGUCACCCCAGGUAUCACCUAUAACGGCGUUGAUUACCUUUCUGCCACGGCCUGGUUGGGUGUCAAGAGGAUCUCCGACGGCAAGUUCAUUGAGUUCCGCACCAGCUACAAGAUCGCCGGCAAAUACCUGACAGAACUGCAGUGUGAGGGCUCAACAACCCUGCUGCCGAUAGUGAAGAAGGACGGCGAUCUAGAGUUCACCGACAUCUUUAACUACACUCCCGAAGAUGACCUCCUUGGUGUGAUCUUCACUGAGAAACAAAAUACCUGGUCAUUCAGCUUUGGUCUGUAUGAGUUCAAAGGCAGUAGAUUCAAGUCUUCAGACUGGUCCUUCACUUGCAAUGAUGACAGCGUUCCACUAGUUCCGUAUCCCGAGCAGCUCUGUGGAAAUACAACCAAAAGCAUUCUGAAGGACAGGACUGCCAGCUUUACCCAGUGGUCAGAAGACGAAGCCACUAUUACAUACGACGUGUUCAGUAAUCCCGUGAUUACCCAAUACGAGAAAAUUGAAGAUUUCUGCCAAGUCAGCCAGGACAAGCUCGUCAACCUCUGUCCCGACGAUGCGGCGAGACAAAAGACCAUCGCCGCAUGUUGGAAGAUCCUGGGUGAGAAAGGUCACCGGAAGUGUUUGACCAAGUACACCUUCUCACCCAUCGAAAUCUUUGCCAACUGCAUAGACUGGAUGUGUCAAGGAGCUCCGGCCAAGGACCCAACCAAAAGCUGUGACAAGGUCGCCGAAGCCAUCGACGACUGUCGCGAGUUUCCGGGUCUGACGAGCCUGGUGAAGGAGUCCAAGUGCUACAGCGGCCUCUCGUACCGACUGAAGGACGACAGCCAGGAUGACAGCUGUCCCUAAACCGUUGAAGUAACAUCCCUUGUCACGCAAAGCUUUAAAGGCUUUAUUUUUUUUCAGGGAUUUGGCUGAUCCUGUUCUCUAAACUGACAUAAGUGUCAGAAUGUGCUAACUGACCUUUCUAUCCUAAGAAUAGCAAAAGGUACUUCCUUUCCAUAUCCACCACCUACCUACAAUUGAAUACUUCAAAUUUGCGCCGAAAACGCACCUUCUUCCUUGAGCAUCGCUAUUCACACAGUCCACACAGCGUUAGUCCUUUCCUCCCUCCCAAAUUUCGGCUUACUACUAUACUUUCCUACUUGUCUUCCUUGUUACUUUGUUCCCUUUUGCUUUUUCAAUAUUUGUGUUUUGUUUUCGUCGGUACUAUUAUUUAUUAUUUUAUUUCUCGUAUGCGUUCCAUGUUAUCCAUGUCUCAUUCUUUUUUUAAGCUCGAAGAGCAUGCUCUUUUCGAGUAUUAGCUCUCGCAGUAAAAAGCUUUCAUUUAUUAUUAUAAAUGUAUCAUGUUCUUAUUAAACAAGUCUCAAAGUAGAGCCUUGUACUGAACAGUGUUUAACCAGGUCACUCUAACCGGACUCGUUGUGCCGACUGGAAUUCUUAUGAAGGUGUGUCCCUUUGACGCUUAUACUUUCUGCUAAAUGCUAACAGAAGUAUUCAAUGUCUGAAUAAACUUUAUCUGCAUUACUAA